AUGUCUGACGCGGUAUUACCAUCCAUCGAGGCUAGAAGCCCCUCUUCCAAGCCCCGUCGAAGGAUGGGAAAAAUCACCAAAAGCGUCAUGUUCAUCACCUAUGAGGAUCUGCUUUCCGAUGACGAGAAGAGACGCAGAGAGAAGCAAAAAGGCAAGGGGAAGAUGAAGGACGGAGUCGAGAAGACUCGAGAAAAUAACAAACUUCGAAAAAGGCGGCCAACUCGUAAGUGUCCCAAAGUUCUCGAGUAAGAAUGACAGCAGAAGUUAACAGAAUAUAGCAUUUCACCCCCCAAGCCCACGUCAAGCUCAGAUGGCGUCUUUAUACAUACAAACAACCUGUAAGUUUUGUCAUGGCCGUCAUGUUGGCGAUAUUAACAUAGUGACUUACCUGUAGCAGAGGAGCGCACAGCUUCGCAUUAUGAAGAUACAAGGACGUCAGGACAUGCCUUAGAUAUUACGCAGUCCUCCAGAAGAAAAGAAAGCCCGUUCUCUAGUACUUCUGAUAGAGAAGACGAGACACGAGACUCAAGCCUCGAAUGUGAAGAAACUCCCCGACGUGGAAGGCGCUUUCAAGGCACGGCAGCAGAUUACUGGUUAUUAGUCUCCCCAUCACCACUACCACCAGAAGCUCUAGACGAGGACCCAAAUACCUGGCAACCAAGAACCUCACCGUUGCUGUCGCCCACGCGACUGCCGUCGCCUUCACCACUUUCAAGUCGUAGCAGCAGCGUCAAUUCAGCAGCAACACCCGUACCAAUCCAGCUGGUACCUGCUCAGAUUGAGAUGCACUCACCUGCUGCACCAGGCAUAUUAGCACCACUUCCACCAUACAGCAAUUUGAUUAGGAGGUACGAGAGAGAGUCUGGAGAGCCAAGCGAGAUGGGAAGCAUGGCAUUUCAGCAUAUGUGGGAUUCGCAUAUGACACCACCACCUCCAUAUGAAUACGAAAAUCAAUACCUUUCAUUGCAGGAGUCACAAACACCAGUUUCAUCCGGGUAUGAUGGUGAUGUAUCGGAGGAAAUUGCGCCGUAG